GGUGGUUGAUCAGAGUUAUGGAUCCAGAUUCAAUUGUCAUAUCUGGCAUGGCCGGCCGAUUCCCAGGUUGCGACAACGUGGAGGAGUUGCAAAAGGCUUUGCUCGAUGGAGUAGACUUGGUAUCGGAGGAUCAUGGUCGAUGGACCAAAAAUUUCUUCAACAUGAACAAUCGCGGAGGGGUCAUGAAGGACAUAGAACACUUUGACUCGGAAUUCUUCGGUAUAUCGCCUCGUCAGGUGGACGGGUUAGAUCCAAGGACUAGAAUCCUGUUAGAAUUGACAUUCGAGGCUUUCAUUGAUGCCGGCUUCAACCCCUUGGAUAUGAGGGGUUCAAAAACAGCUGUACUCGUUGGUCUCACUACCCCAAGAGGUAAUGAAGAACUCUUCGACAACAAAGUAAACUUUGAAAGAAUGGGCCGAUCUCCAGCCAUGACAACAGGUAUGAUUUCGUUCAUAUUUGACCUCAGAGGACCCAGCUAUCCAAUAGAUACAGCGUGUUCAAGCAGCCUCUACGCUUUCUGUCAGGCCUUCCGUGCCAUUAAGGCUGGUGAAUAUGACUCUGCCAUUGUAUGUGGUGCCACUAUCACCCUUGAUCCUUUCGAUAAUCUAGAAUACCAGUCAAUGAACAUCCUCAGUCCUUCAGGAAAAUGCAAGUUUCUUGACGAAAAUAGGGAUGGCUUCGUCAAGUCGGAGUCUGUUGUAGUUACGUUUUUACAGAAAAGGAAAGACGCGAGAAGAGUGUACGCUACAGUUAAGGGUUGUGGUACCAACACUGAUGGCUACAAGGUGGAUGGCGUCACGAAACCGUCUCCAGAAAUGCAAACGGUUCUUUUCACAGAAGUUAUGAAGGAAUUCAAUAUCAAACCACAAGAUAUCACCUAUAUUGAAGCCCAUGGAACUGGAACGCCGGUUGGAGAUGUACAAGAAACAGAAGCUUUAGCUGCAUCUAUUUGUGUUGGCCGGGAGGAACCACUUCUGAUAGGUUCUGUGAAGACGAAUAUUGGGCAUACUGAAAUGUCUUCAGGGCUGACUUCCGUAAUAAAAGUCGUACUCACAAUGGAAUCUGGAAUUAUACCGCGCAUGCUGCAUUUGAACAAAAUAGGAGAUGAAUUUACCGCUUUCCAUGAAGGAAAACUGAAGGCUGUAACUGAGCAAACAACGUGGAAAAAUGGAUUGAUUGGUGUUAACUCCUUCGGACUAGGCGGCACGAAUGCGCAUGUCAUACUAGAAGCAAAUAACAAAGAGAAAGUGUCUUAUUAUUCGAAGAUGAAGUACAGACUUCUAGUACUCUCAGGGAGAAACGACCAAGGUCUCAAAAACUUCAUGGAUUUCGUCAAGAAUGAACCCAGAAAUUUAGAAAAAAUCAUGUUUCUCAAUCACAUAUUCUACAAGCCACUACGCUCCUAUAAAAAUAGGGCAUACUUAAUCUUCAAGGAUGGGAAUAUAACGGAAGAAGUUGGAAUAGUCGAGAAGGAGAACAGAAAAAUUUGGUUUGUCUAUUCGGGAAUUGGAUCGCAAUGGCCGCAUAUGUGUAGGGAUUUGAUGUCGUUCGAUUUGUUCAAAAAAUCGAUGGAGGAAUGUGCGAAACCUUUACGGCCGUACAAAAUUGAUCUCAUAAAUAUUGCGACUGAAGGUGAUGCUGAAGUAUUCAAAAAUGUUACAAAUUGCUUCGUAUCCAUUGUUGCCAUGUCGAUAUGUUUGACAGACAUAUUGAAAUAUCUUGGCAUCUCUCCUGAUGGUAUGAUAGGUCAUUCUAUAGGAGAAAUUUGUUGUGCAUACUGUGAUGGCUUGAUAACCAAGGAACAAGCAAUAUUGAUAGCACACGCAAGAGGAGUUGCCCUUGAGAAAACAUCAUCUAUUGAUGGGACUUUGGCUGUGAUCGGUUUGACUUUAGAAGAGCUGACAGAAACUAUACCCCCUGAUCUCAGUAUAGCUUGUUACAAUUCACUGGAUAAUUUUACUAUUUCUGGUCCAAGGAACUCAAUCACAGAAUACGUAAAGGAAUUGAAGAAGAUGAAUAAAUUUGCGGAAAUAAUUGAAGGUGCCAAUAAAGCUUAUCACAGUGAGUACAUCUCGGAUGCUGGAGAUUACUUGUUGAAACUCUUGAAGAGUAUAAUUCCUGAAAAUAAAAUUGCAUCGAGAAAAUGGAUCUCAUCGAGUGAAAAUGAGAGCAUUUCCAAAAAAUGUGAGGAAGGAAUAAUGAAUGACGUAGAAGCACUGUCGGAUGAACCAGUUGGGGUUUUACAUUGUCCUGAGUAUUACAGAAGAAAUCUAGUGGGUCCAGUAUACUUUUCCUCCGCCAUGAAAUCUAUCCCUGAGGAUGCCCUAGUUAUUGAGAUAUCCCCAAAAGGUUUACUACAGACCAUCAUCCGAAGAAACUUAGGGCAAGAAGCGAAAGUUCUAUCUCUUUCGUCAGAUUCUUCGGAAGAUAAUCAUCAUCAUCUGCUCUCCUCUAUAGGAAGAUUAUAUCUGGCUGGUUUACAUCCAAACAUCCUAAAGUUGUAUGGAGGCGAGAAAGUUUUUCCAGUUAGCAGAGGAACUCCAUCCUUAGCUCCUUUAAUACAGUGGGAGCGAACCAUGACAUGUAAAGUACCCUACUAUUCUCCGGAAAAGGCUUUCGGCGAAAGUAUAGUUGUAGAUAUAAGAAACCCCUCAAUGAGCUAUUUGGAAGGCCACGUAAUAAAUGACAAGCUCAUUUAUCCAGUUAUGGGAUAUGCGAACAUCGUUUGGGAAAUAUUUUCACAUUUGAAACGCAAGCCUCUCAACGAGGUCCCUAUCGUCAUUGAAAACAUGAAAAUCAGAAGAGCUACCAUGCUGCCAAAAGAUGGAAAUGUAAUUUUCAACGUUAAUAUCUUGACCAAUGGGGAUUUCGAAAUUCUAGAGGGUGGAGCAAUAGUUUGUACUGGUUCCAUAAAAAGUCCUCCUGAUACUGACAAACUCUUCACGCAACUAUCUGAAGAACAUCUAACUUACGGUCAACUACCUGAAAACUGUGUGAUGAAUACCGAAGACGUUUACUUCCUACUCAAACUAUCAGGAUAUCAAUAUAAGAAUAAAUUUCAAGGGAUCAUAGAGACGAGAGGGUCUACAGGAAGACUUAAAUGGCACGAGACUUGGACAGCUUUCUUGGAUGCAGCCAUCCAUUUCACUGGUGUCACUAAUUUAAGGAAAGAAGAUUACUUGCCUGAAUCUAUUGGAAUGAUUUUAAUCGAUCCACAGGCUCACCUGAAAAUAGCAGCGCAAAAUAACAACGAAAUCCCGAUAAAGCAUGAUAAAAUCGCAAAUAUUAUACAGUGCGGCAAAAUGGAAAUAAGGGAUCUUAAAUUGAUAGAGAUUUCAAAGAGGAAAUCGCUGGUUAAACCAAUAUUACAAACCCAUCGAUUCAUUCCUUACGACAUUCCCGAAAAUAUAUCAUUUCACGACUGUGUCCAUACAGUGUUACAAAUUGUGUUGGAGAAUUCCAACAAUAUUACAGCCAUACAGAUUCUAGAGGUUGGGGAAAAUAACAACCAAAAUGGUGUGGACAGUAAUGAACCUAGUAAUUCAAACACUGAUUCUCUUCUUUCUGAAAAACUCAAAGAAGUAUUGAGCGAAGAUAUCAUCGCCAAAAUAGUUCAUGAUAUAAAACAUGAACAGUUGAAUUCCAAAGAAAUGAAUAGGUAUAAUUUGGUGAUAUUACACAGUCAAAUUGAUGAGGAAAUAUUGGCUUCGCUAAGGGAAAAUCAAAAAUGUUUCAUUCUGCUCAGGAAAUCGUCGUAUGAUAUCUUCGAAAAAACUGAUUACGUCAUUGUGAGCACCUUUACUACUGUACUUGGAGCUUACGUUUUGAUAAGGUUAAAACAAGAAAUACCAAGAGAUGUUGAAAUUAUAAGAAUAACAACGAAGACAUUCGAUUGGGUCAACACAUUGAAGGAAUCAAUGAUAAAAAAUGUUGGAACCCGAAUAUACCUGGUGAGCGAAAAUGAAGAGACCAGUGGAGUGCUCGGUUUGUAUACUUGUAUGAGGUAUGAAGAUGGAGGAAAUGCAGUAAGGUGUGUUUUUAUACCCGGCGCAAUUCCUGAGAAAUUCUCCUUAGAAUCCAGUUUCUUCAGACAGCAAUUAGAGAAGGAUUUAUGUGUGAAUAUUUUCAAGAAUUCCGUGUGGGGAUCUUACAGAUUUUUGGAGUACGAGAAGGUAGAAUCCGUAGACACUGAGCACUGCAACGCUGUAUCGACAGUUCCAGGAAAUUUGUCCAAAAUCAAAAUGGUCGAGAACUGUUCUCACUUUAGUGACCCUAAAAAUUUAAUAUACGUUUACUACGCUGGUGUGAACUUCAAAGAUGUUCUUGUUGCUAAUGGCAUGUUGAAUAUUCCCGGUGACGAUCGCAAUACAACUCAAAUCGGAUAUGAAUAUUCCGGAAGAACUUCAGAUGGCCAACGUGUUUUUGGAGUUACCAAUAACCAGGCUUUUGGCACGACAUUGGUGCCAGAUUAUCCACCCAUAAAGAUCCCAGAUUCCUGGAGUAUGGAGGAAGCUGCAUCUGUUCCACUAGUUUAUAUUACACUUUUCUGUGCCUUCCGCUACAAAACCAAGCUACAAAAAGGAAGAUCCAUUCUCAUUCAUUCGGCCUCUGGCGGAGUAGGAAUGGCAGCAAUUCAAUUGGCACUGGCUGCAGGUUGUACAAUUUUUGCAACCGUAGGAAGUGAUGAGAAGAAAAAAAUUCUACUGAAAGUUUUUCCGCAACUUCAAGAAAAACACAUUUUCAAUUCUAGGGACAGCAACUUCGAGAUUAUGAUAAAAAGGGAAACUAAUGGUAGAGGGGUAGAUUAUGUGCUCAACUCUCUAACGGGUGAUCUUUUCAAGGCGUCCCUCAGAUGCGUUGCCUCCAACGGGCAUUUCAUCGAAAUUGGAAAAACAGAAUUCCUGAAUAACACCAGAGUUCAAACGGACCUUUUCACAAGAAGCGUCAGUUUGCAUGCGAUUUCAAUCGACGAGUAUUUGAUGAAGGAACCAAAGAGUUUUCUCGAUUACGUCUUGGAUUUUCUUAAAAACGGAAUUGAGAAUGAUAUCAAACCAAUUCCGCAUAGAGAAGUAUUUGGGGUGGAAGAAAUUGAGAGUGCUUUGAAGCAUUUUCAAUCAGAUUCGCAUUGUGGAAAGAUUAUUUUGAAAAUCAGGGACGAAGAGGAAAGCAAUACUACUCUUCCUCUGCCAAGGAAAAUGCGUGCGUUGGCAAAGGUUCAUUUCAAUCCCAACAAAUCAUAUAUUAUAAUUGGAGGUUUAGGGGGUCUGGGCUUAGAAUUAAUGAAGAUUAUAUGUUCAUCCGGAGGGAAACACGUCAUUCUUAACACCAGAACUCCGCCAGCUAACGGCUACCGAAACUAUGUAAUUCAAACCAUGAAUACAUGGGGUUGUGAUGUUCACUUGAACCACUACGAUACUUCGAUUUUCAGCAACGCCGACAAACUGUUGAGAGAAGCCUUGAGUAAAGCGCCAAUCGGUGGUAUCUUCAAUUUGGCUAUGGUCAACAGAGAUGCGAUUCUCGAGAACCAAACAGUGGAAUAUUUCAGAGAUGUCUUCCGUCCCAAAGCCGAAAUAACACGAAACCUGGAUGAAUUAUCACGAACUUUAUGUCCAAAUUUAGAUCAUUUCGUGGUUUACUCGUCCAUAACAUGUGGCAAGGGAAACCUGGGCCAAACAAAUUAUGGCUUCGCGAAUUCGUCCAUGGAGAGAAUCAUCGAAAAAAGAAACGAGGAUGGACUUCCUGGCAUCGCUAUCCAGUGGGGGCCCAUUGGUGAUGUUGGGUAUUUCGCGAGAACAAACGAAAAACAAGAACUUGGUUAUUUCAAGGCACAACCCGUACUUUCUUAUCAGGAAGUGAUAAAGCAGGUACUACUGAAGUCAUCGGGAAUUAUAACAAGUUACGUUGUUCAUAAAAGGGACCAAGACAUUGAAAUAGGUGACUCCUUGACUGGUGCUCUCUUGAAAAUUUUUGGGAUAAACAAUUCGAGUAAGAUCGAUGAUGGAACAACAUUGAUAGAUUUAGGAAUGGACUCUCUCAUGGGAUUCGAAAUCAAGCAAUUUCUUUUGAGAGAACAUGAAAUCGAUAUCAGUAUUAAAGAGCUCAGAAAUAUGACUAUGAAGGAAAUCAAAGAAAUAGAUGUUAAAAGAAAACACCGAGGAUGAAAAUGCUUGAAAGAGAAUAUAGAUUGAUGAUUGUGGAUCAAUUAAUAGCAUAUUUACUACUUCACUCUACUACUCCAUCAAAUAAUCUUUUUGAUUAAUUGAAAUGUAAUGAGAUCUUGAAUUGGAAAAUGUCAGUACUUAAUGUGUCUCUUGCAAAAUAAAUGUAAUAUAGUUGACUAAAACUUUUGUAACAUAUAGAUAUUUUCAGAAGGCA